AUGCCCACCACUAUUGGCAAACUUACCCAACUCUCGUCGUUGAAUCUUGAAAAUAAUCAACUCCAAGCACAUAGCAGGGAAGAAUGGGAGUUUUUGGACAGCUUAGGGAAUUCCACGGACCUACAGAUGUUCUCCAUUAGUCGGAAUCGCCUAUCAGGGCAUGUGCCAAAUUCAUUAGGUGUGGUUCCGGAGUGGAUUGGAUCUAUCAAGAUUUUGCAGCAAUUAGGUUUAGAAGCAAACUUCUUUAAGGGGGUCAUUCCGUCAUCCUUGUCAAACUUAUCUCGAUUGGGAGACUCUAUCUAUCCUCGAACCAGUUCAUUGGUCACAUACCAGCAAGCUUUAGAAACUUUUCGACGCUUCAAAAUUUGGACAUUUCCAACAACAAUCUUCAUGGUAGGAUGGACAACUUCCUACAGACAUUGGCAAUGCCAAACAACUCAUACAUUUGGUACUUUCAUCAAACAAACUAUCCGCUGA